CUCUGGACUUGGCAUGAGCACGGAAGGUGCUCAACAACCAGCGCCAGAAUAUCCACCUUUCAUGGUGCUGUUUGAUGAAGAAGACCCGUCAAUACCUUUACCUGACGAUUACAUACUACCAUCCAAGUACACAUUCAUUGAUCAAAAAUUGAGCUUGGCUACAGACAAGUCAAAUUUUCCGGAAACUGCGCUUUGCCCUGAACUUCGAACAGAAAACCAAAUCCUGAAGGAAGCUUUACGCUCACUUCAGCGUAUUAAACCUGGAACUAUUAAAGGCUGUUUAUUUGCGGCACAGUUUCGAGAAGGCGAAGAUCAAGUAUGCCAGAAAGAACCUAAACGACGUUUAACAGUUGUGAGAGAUUUAAAAGGAAAAAGGAUAAUUUGUGGUACCGCCGAAAAACAGCGAUUAGUCAGUGCUGAAUACAAAGCUUGUGGCUCAGUACAAUAUUUCAAAAAAUAUCACGACGCAGCAUCCAUCGCCAGAGCAUGGGGCACUGAAGAGCCUCAGCUUCUACCUCAGGUUUAUGAAAUGUAUGAAAUAUGCUACGAUUUCGAAAACAAAAGAACAUUGUGGACAAAACAUAAGGUUUUGACUCCUGAGCUGCUCACCCAUAAAGAAUACCCUCAUAGAAACCUGAACACUGUAAAUCUAGAUGAAUUUGACACGGAAAAAUUUAGUUUGUCAGUGCCUGAACAAACUUUUACUGUUAUGAAGCAUGACUAUGAAUCUGCGGACGUCAAUAUGAAAAUAUACCCUUUAGUACCCAAAGAUCACAUGGCAUUACCAUACUGGAAAAAAUCGACCGAUCAUAUGAUUAAUUCGGCUCCUCUACUUCCCGAAUUUAUACCUCUAAUGAAAGCCAUUCACAAUGGAAUUUUGUUGGCUUCGAAAUACGUCCUUAGAGAAUUCCACGAAACCUUGACAAUUUACACCAAAGCUGAGACAAUACUUUCAUUAACACAUCUUGCGUCGUCAGCACUCUACUUGGAAUCAGCAAUGAAAUACCUCGUGCCAGAAUUAUCAAUCGAGGUAUUUACACCCAAUACGUGGUAUAUAAUUGUUCACAACGAAGAUGCCAAUUCUGCAGUUCUCAUUGUUUUACAUAACACUAGGGAAGAUCCACCUGAACAAAAGGAAUGCGAUGAUGGAGUACGGCUGCCAUGUAAUUUUCAAAAUUGGUCCGAAGACCCUCACUCAAUCACCGAAAAAAAUUUGGAAUAUGUGUAUUGCUGUCCAAUCAGGCCAGAAAAAGUCAGAACGUUGUUUUUGAUACACAAUUUGGAGAUUAGUAAAGAUUUUAAUAUUGAAGAAAUGAUACGUUUAGAACACGAUGAAGAAUUUGACAAAAAGAAUCGUUGAUUAUAUACAAGUAAGAUUCAUGUAUCCUAUCAAAAUGAGACUGUAGGUACGUAAAGACUUCAAGUCAUACCAUACAGCGAAAUUACC